GCUUAUAAUUAAACUUUAAACAUUGGUCACAGUGCACUUUUGGUUGCAGUUGCAGUCUGCUCCAGCAAUUCCGGUAGUUGCAUUUAGUGCGCCCGAACGCAACAAAGCUUUGUGCGGUUCCGUCUCAAAUCCGUGUGCUGUGCUGCCCGUCAACAAUGGUGAGUUUGGAAGAGUUUCGUGCGUACCGUUCACCGCUGAAAGAUUUCUACGCCGGAAAAUAUGUACUGCUUACCGGUGGUAGUGGAUUUCUAGGGAAGCUUUUGAUAGAGAAGCUAAUCAAAUGCAACGUGGCGGAAAUACUGUUAAUUCUUCGCCGGAAGAAAGGGCUGAGUCCUGCCGACCGGUUGGAGCAACUGCUCGGCAAGGAACCGGUGUUCGUGAACUACGCGAAGGAUCCGGAGCUGUAUCUGUCGAAGAUACGGCUAAUCGAAGGUGACAUCAGUGAGGUUGGAGUCGGUAUCGGUAAUGAUGAUCUCGAGUAUAUUUACGAGCGUACAAACAUUAUCGUUCACGCUGCUGCCGAUGUACGGUUUGACGAAUCGCUCAAAGAGUCGAUUCAAACGAAUGUGCGCGGCACGCAAGAGAUGCUGAUGAUUGCCGAAAAGUGUCGAAAUCUGGAGAUAUUCACCUACAUAUCAACGGCCUUUUCGCACUGCGUGUUAGGCGUUAUCGAGGAAAAGUUUUACGAACCUCCGCUGGAUCCAACCGUUCUAAUUAAAGUGGCGGAAAAAGAGGACGAUUCCGAUAACUUUGAGGUACUUUCUAAGAAGAUCAUCAAACCAUGGCCGAAUACGUAUGCAUUUACCAAAUCUCUCUCGGAAGAGAUAGUGCGGCGUUACAAAACCAAGCUUCCGGUAGCAAUCAUUAGGCCCUCUAUUAUUACAACAACCAUGGAAGAUCCAAUUCCCGGCUGGACGGAUAACCUGUACGGUUUCAAUGGAGUCGUUUGUGGCGCUGCAACCGGUGUGCUGCGAAUAUUUCACAUCCACAUGCACUAUAAGGCCAGUAUAGUGCCGGCAGAUACAGUCGUCAACUCAACACUAGCCGUCACCUGGUAUUCGGCCAACCACCGCGAUGAGGAAAAUGUGUUCAAUUGUACUACCGACGAUAAUCCGGUCAGCUGGCAUGAAACUCAGCUACAGCUGGAGGAAUGGAAAGAUCGUAUCCCGUUCGAUAAAUCCCUAUGGAUUACGACCUACAACACGACACGCUUCAAGCUGGUGGCGGACAUUUUGUCCAUCUUCUAUCACUUGAUACCAGCGUUCUUUUUCGAUGCCGCGCUGAAACUGCGCGGCCAAAAACCUCAGGUACUGAAACUUUACCGAAAGGUGCAUCGAUUCUCCGCGGUGUUGCGCUUCUUCACCAACAACGAGUGGUGCUUCCGUACUGGGCGUAUGCGUCGCGUCCUGAACGCAAUGGCGUCCGAGGAUCAGCAGUUUUUUCCCUGCGAUGCAAAAGCAAUCCAGUGGAACGAUUUUCUAGACCACCAGAUAAAAGGGCUGCGGCUGUACCUGAUGCGUGAUCCGUGGAGUACCGUGGAGAAAUCGCUAAGGCGCCACCGGCUGCGAAUCUUUAUACACUGGUGUUUGAUUGGAGUUCUGUACGCCGGUUUGUUGUGCGUGGUCGUAAAAUUGUUGCAUGCAUAUGGGUUAAUUGAUUUUGAGGGUUUGCGGGAAAACAGUGUUGAGGAGUGUUUGGCAGAGGAAGUUGUUUGAAGAAACGAAUGGUUGAGGUAUUGUAGGAUGAUCAAAGAUUUUAGUCAUCAGGAGUAAAUGAUAUAGGGUUAUGUUUGCUGUAGUUAAGUUAAUAUCUACAUCAUCUACAUGUGAUAAUUCGCACAUUCGCACAUCACUCCUAUUAUAUCUGUGGUAAAUGAAACAAAGCCUUUAAUAAAACAACUAACUGAAUCAUUCUGUA